AUGGAGCGAGAGCCACCUGUGGCACAGGAGAAGCUGGGACACUGUGGGGAGCCCUCCAGCCCCAUGGGACAGCCCCACCUCACUGUGGUGUCUUGCGGACGGUCCAAGAGAGAAAUCUCCAUGGCGGCAGCGUGGCUGGGUAGAAAGAGGGCAGCUGAGAAUCCAGCGCUUCCAGAGAUGAACUGGCAGGUGGAAGCCCCGAACACCUUCUGGCCCAGCAAGGCCACUGAUGAGAGCACGGAAUUUGGCAUCUUUCUCUUUCCUUCUGAGAGGACAGACUUCCUCCUGACAAUCAUCAACGGCAUAACAGACCCAAGGCUCUUGAACACUGAGGUGGUGGAGCACGUGGUGGAGGCGGUCUUGAGGGACCCCGGCUCUGAGUUGGGUGGGAUGGGCAUCUCCAACAACUACACUGUGGAGACAGCCUUCAGGAGCUCCACGCUGGCCAGACAUAUCGUGAAGGUGGAUGGGAGAGCGGGGCUCUUCAAAGGCCUCACGCCACGGCUCUGCUCGGGGGCCAUCGGCACCAUCGUGCACAGCAAGGUGCUGCAGCGGUACCAGGAGGCUGAGCAGGCUGAGCUAGGAGCCAGCAAGAAGGAGCCCGUGUCCUCGCUGGAGCAGGUCCUCAAGGAGACCUCCCGCGAGAUGGUCGCUCGCUCCGCCGCCACGCUCAUCACCCACCCCUUCCACGGUCGGUCCGGGACACUAAGCGCCUUCACCACGAUCUACCGAGAAGAGGGUGUCCUGGGCUUCUUCGCGGGCCUCAUCCCCCGGCUCCUCGGAGACAUCCUUUCGCUGUGGCUCUGCAACAUGCUGGCCUACCUCAUCAACACGUACGCCCUGGACAACGGGGUCUCAACCAUGGCUGAGAUGAAGAGCUACUCGCAAGCAGUCACUGGAUUCUUCGCCAGCAUGCUGACAUACCCCUUCGUGCUGGUCUCCAACCUGAUGGCCAUUAAUAAUUGUGGACUGGCUGGCUGCCUCCUGCCCUAUGCACCUACCUACUCGUCUUGGCUGGACUGCUGGAGCCAGCUGCACAAGGAGGGCAACAUGAGCCGAGGGAACAGCCUGUUUUUCCGCAAGGUGCCCACAGGAAAGCGAUAUGUGUGGGAGGAGAGGAGGUUUCGCUGAAGCUGGAGCUGUGACUCGAGUCCCAGAGUUGAUGCUGGGCUCCAGACACACAGAAUCAUGACAGUGGUGAUUUCU